AUGUUACUACAGUAUUACAUACCAGCGCUUCUUCUUGCACACGCAGCAGCCGCUUCAUCGUACAGAGAUAGACUCGCCGGCCCAUACAACCACGUCCUGCGGAGUGGUCGCGAAUAUCCAUCACAACAGAUCGAAGUCUCAGCAUUGUCGGGUCAGACGAGCAAUGUCUCCGCUAUGGUGACAGGCCAGGGAAACAACAAUAACAACACUGCUUCAACACUCGAUCAGACAAACCAUAAUGCCACAAAUGAUACAGCAAGACUUGACUCGCGCGCAAGACGUCUGGCCGAGUUGGACGCCGCAGGGAUCGAAUUCAGUACAUAUUUAUACUGGGAAAAUCCCGAAGCAUGUCCAUCGCGGGAGCCCGAGUGUAAAGACUGCGGUGGAGAGAUGCUUCUAUGGCACAGGGAUGAGCUAGUUCCUAGUAGCCGUUGUUCUGGUCUCAAAGAUGAAGGCAUGAAGUGGAAGGAUUGUCGCUGCACAAAUUCCUGGCCUGAGGAAUUCGUAACUCCCUGUAUGCCAUCGACAGACUCUGUCUUGCAUCUUAUCAACUUGCGAAGAUGUGUUGAGAAAAGCUCAUACAUUCUGUCAUCGGAUAUUGGUGUCUUCAUGUUUUCGGCACAGAAAGAAGAGAAGUCGAUGAAAGCAGUCAGGAGAUCAUGUUAG